UCGAUUGCGCAUGUUUAUCACUUAUAAGACAAUGGGUCAGAACUUAUGCAACUGGAGUCCAUGUGAUAUGGAAGGAAAGCGUGAUGUAUUUAACCCUCAAUACCAAAGCUAGGAAUGUUAGCGACUGGGUCAGCUUUAUACAGAUACAAGCGAUGAGCUGUUAUUUCCGAUAAAUAAUUCCCAAGCGAUAGGCCACAGGAACGAAGGAUAGAGUGAAAAGGAUACUGGAAAUAUAAUUAUUUAUAAAGUUGUUUUUACUUCUCGACUGUUAAAGCUAAAGAGUCAGGACAUAGAAAAAAACAUUGAAGAAAAGCUGGAAGGUUGAUAUGAAUAAAUCAUAAAUCUAUUACAAUUGAAUAUUUAAAAAUCAUAUCUUUACGAAGCAGUGAACUUGACACUAAAGUUUCAUAACUUGUGUGGAAAAAAGAAUUGGACAAUACUUAACGCUCAUUCAAAAAAGAAAAGGAGGAAUAUUAUCCGUAUUGAUGAACUUGCAAAAUGGAGAAGAAGAGCGUACUUUUUGAAAAUGAUUAUUUCAAACAGAUUCAUGCAUUGUUUGAAGGGAUUUGUUAUGAUGAAGUAAUAUCUAAGCCACCGCCAGCAGAUGGAAAAUUGUAUUGUUCCCCGAAACAUGACGAUUUUCUUGGAUGCUGGAAUUACACGGAGGCGGGAACAACGGCCACAAUUCCUUGUCCGGAACUUCCCGGAUUUCAUAAAACACAAAAAGUAUAUUUUGAGUGCACUAAGAAUGGAACGUGGUUUGUUAAUCCUGACACGGGAAGAGAAUACGCUGACUAUUCCAGGUGUAGAAACUACGAGAAUGCCAUAAAGGAAUUGGACGAAGAUCUUAUUCACAUCUACCUGACUAUUGCAUUAUUUUGCCUCUCUUUAGUGAUGGUCACCAUUUCUCUCAUCAUAUUCUUCAAGUUCAGACAGUUACGGUGUGACAGAAUCACGAUUCACAAAAACUUGUUCAUUUCGUAUCUACUUACUGACCUGAUUUAUCUUGUGUAUCUUUCAAUUGUUCAUUUUCUGGAAGAAGUCGUCUUGCAUAAUCCGGUAUGGUGUCAAAUCCUUCACGUUGUGACGCAGUAUGCUAUCGUCUGCAACUUUGCCUGGAUGUUCUGCGAAGGACUAUAUCUUCAUACCGUGAUAAUGAGCGCAUUCACUUCCGGCAAAUCUGUCAUUAUUGCGUGUCUAAUAAUUGGUUGGUGUGUCCCACUUUUGUUAACUAUAACCUAUGCAGCAGUACGAGCCUCACUGAACGAUAACACAAUUGCGUGUUGGAGCAGUGAAAGUAGUUACUUAUGGAUCUUGUAUGCACCAGUGGUUCUAUCAAUGGCGAUCAACGUGGUCUUUGUUAUCAACAUUAUGCGCCUUUUGAUAACAAAACUAAGACAGAUACCAGAAGUUGCCCAGACACGGAAGGGAGUUCGUGCUACCGCCAUUUUGAUUCCUUUGUUAGGAUUACAAUUUCUUAUUUUUAUCAAGCGUCCAGAGGAUAAAGAUUCAAUAUUGUCUGAAAUAUAUCAUUACGUGCUGGCUAUAUUUGUGCCACUACAGGGUGCGUUCGUAUCCAUAAUGUACUGUUUCUGCAAUGGAGAGGUUCAUUCACUACUAAAACGAAAAUGGAAUCAACAUAGAGAGAUGUUGCCAUGGAAGCAGAAGCGCACGCAGUCUACCAUGGUGUCGAAUACAACAUACACCUUGGUGGAUCAGAUGUCACAAGCCCAAACGUCUGUCCUUAAUUAAAUAGAUCAAAUAAAAGCCGUGCUUAAUUAAUAUUGAUUAUUAACAGACCCCUUGGUUAGCAGAGAAAAAUAACAUUUCAUGUACAGUUGUAUCUAUAAAUAGAAAAAAUACACGUAGAUCAAAUAAGGGUUCGAUUUUCAUUUUUUUUUCAAUUGGAACUCUGUAUGAAGAAACCUUUUCUAAGAAUGGAUAUCAUGUU